ACGCCGCACAGCUGAUACUGAUUUCACGAAAUAAGAAAUAACACCAGUUGGAAUUUAUACAUUUCAAAGAAAAAAACGAAAUGAGUGGCUCAAACACACGCUCGAAGCUUUCCUGAUAUAAUUACGAAUGAAUUAUUUUUUAUAUUUAAAAAGUAAAACGACUAGUGCAACAAAAUAGUGAUAUAUUUAUAUUGAUGAUGGGAAAAAGAAGUUAGUAAAUUCAUUUUGUUUUGCGAGUGUUGACCCCGGGUUCUCUGCCGUUCGAGGAACGUUUUUUUUGGAGGUUAAUAAUGUAACCCGUUUCAUCGACGAACAUUCGGGAUCCAAAAAUUUGGUAACCGAUCGAAAAUCUCAAUAUUUAUAUUAAAGUCACGAAUGAGACUAACGAUAGUUUUUCAAUCCGCGCUAUUGUAAUUUAUAAUGUCAGGAGUAAUCUUGAAAAAAAUAUUAUAUCUACAAAAACGCGUUUUGACACCGACACGAAUAAACAGUCAGCAUAUUCAUAAAAAGCAUUCAAUACAACCACAAUACUAUUACAACAUGAAUGAGGCUUAUUUAAGAUACGAGAAAGGUGACGAGACUUUUCAGUUUACGUUUCGUUUCACGAAGCCAGAGUUGAAUCUUGAUAGACAAUUUCAUAUGGUAAGAAAGCGUAUUGAACCUGUUGCGGUAUUUCUUCGGCGACUAGACUCUAAUCUCGACAAAUAUUUGUCGGCAAAGAAAAAAAGAAAAUCGAAGAAAGAUCAAAAUGCAAAGGACGUAGAGAAGAAACCGGAUAACGUGCAAAAUGGAGAAAUCGCCUUUGUGAGAAACCAAUUGAAAAUUGAUUUGAAGGAACCCUGCGAAAUCCUUUUUCACAAUACUUCACAAAUAACUCUGGAGGUAUUUGGAACUUCGUACAAAAUGAAACUCAACGUUCCUUGGAUUUUGAGCAUGUCUCUGCCGAGUAGUAUGUUGAUCGGCUUUCCAACAUAUCCUGCCGAUUUCCAAACGGUACAUACAGAUAAAAACAAAUCUGAAUUCCUGUGGUACAUUAAUCGCUCCGAGGCAACUCACGCAUCAAAAGUUUACAAAUCUUCUUGGGAACAAGUAGGCAAGGGUUUCAUCUAUACUCCGACAGCUUUGGAUGUUAAUUGCCGGUUGAAACUGCAAUGUACACCUGUCAAUCAAGAGCAGACCGGACCGAUUACGGAGGUUGAAUCUGAAAAUGGAGUUCAAGCCGGUCCUGGUAAAUGUCCCUUUGAAAUUCGCCAUUUAUUCACAGGAGACAAACUUUCUGGCAAAAAUUUUCGUUUUGUCUCAUAUAAUAUUUUGGCUGACGUUUACGCCAGCACAGAGUAUUCCAGAGACGUACUUUUCCCAUACUGUCCGCCUUAUGCUCUCGCAAUCGACUAUCGCAAACAACUGAUAAUCAAAGAACUCGUUGGAUACAAUUCGGAUAUAAUUUGCCUUCAAGAAGUCGAUAGCAAAGUCUUUGAAAGAGAUCUUUUUCCUAUUCUUUCACUCCUUGGUUACGAUGGAAUUUUUAAUCGUAAAGGCGACGAUCUCAGCGAGGGCGUCGCAAUUUUCUAUAACGAAAAACGUUUCAAGAAAAUUCGAUCGGAAUCACGAGUUAUGGGUCAGAACGUUGACGCUCCCGGAUUCAACAACAUAUGGCAACAGAUAAAUAACGAUAUCGUUAAGGAACGUUUUGUCGGUAGAAAUACCACCGUUCAAGUCACAGUUUUACGCUCAAAGGACAAUCCCAAUGAAAUUCUGGUUAUUGGAAAUACUCAUCUUUACUUCCAACCUGAUGCCGAUCAUAUUCGUCUCCUACAAGGAUUUUACGCCCUCGCUUAUCUUCAGGAAAUUGUUAAUCAAACUCGAGCAAGUAUCGACGAUUGCUCCAGAAUCAGUGUAAUACUGAGCGGGGAUUUCAACAGCACACCUGACUGCGGCAUUUAUCAGCUUAUGACCACCGGACACGUUCCACACUAUCACAAGGAUUGGAAAUCAAAUUCCGCACAGAUAAUUGAGAACGUGUCAUUAUCGCACAAUGAUUCAUUCGCGAGUGCAUGCGGUACUCCUCAAUAUACCAAUUUCACGGUAGAAUUCGCAGACUGUUUGGAUUAUAUAUUUUACCAAUCGAAUAACAUCGAAGUAACACAAGUAGUACCGUUCCCAAGCAAGGAAGAACUGUCGUUGAACCAAGCUAUUCCAUCGAUUCUCUUCCCCAGUGACCAUGUUGCACUUUGUGCCGACUUGAAGUGGAUGAGCUGAGAUUUCGAGGCAAAAUAAAACUUUAGAUACGCUCUA